CGGGGUUCAGAAGAGAGCUUAAAUUGGGAACUGGGAAGGGAUUGGUAGAACAUCCUGCUGUAGCCUGUGUGUGCAGAGUUCUCCUCUUCCACCUGGGCCUCUAUUUUGUUCUUCUGACCUGUUGAGUAUAAUCAGCUGUUAUCCUGAAGCACUUUAAUUUCACUAUUCUAAGCUGUGGAAAAUGGCGGAUGUUCUGAAUGGUGAACCAUAUCCUUCCACUCCACAGGAGCUGUUCAAAAGCAUAACAGCUCAAGGAGAAAUUGUCCGAUCAUUAAAAGCAGAAAAAGCACCAAAGGAUGAAAUUGAUUCUGCUGUAAAACAAUUAUUGUCACUAAAAAUAAACUACAAAGAAGUGACAGGACAGGAUUAUAAUGCCGAUUCUCCUCCCACAAACUCCAGACCUAACAACAGCGGGGAGCCUGGGACCACUGAAGGCGAAGAGGAUUUUGUAGAUCCUUGGACUGUGCAGACCAGCAGCGCCAAAGGCAUCGACUAUGACAAGCUCAUAGUUCGAUUCGGAAGCAGCAAAAUUGACAAAACACUGAUAGAUCGAAUUGAGAGGGUCAUAGGACAAAAACCACAUCAUUUCCUGCGUAGAGGCAUCUUUUUCUCUCACAGGGACAUGAACAACAUUCUUGACGCAUACGAAAAUAAGAAGCCAUUCUAUCUUUAUACAGGCAGAGGGCCCUCUUCUGAAGCAAUGCAUGUAGGUCAUCUCAUCCCAUUUAUUUUCACAAAGUGGCUGCAAGAUGUAUUCAAUGUUCCCCUGGUUAUCCAGAUGACUGAUGAUGAAAAAUACCUCUGGAAAGAGCUAACACUUGAGCAAGCAUAUGGCUAUACAAUAGAAAAUGCAAAGGAUAUCAUUGCCUGUGGUUUUGAUAUAAAUAAAACUUUCAUCUUCUCUGACCUGGAAUACAUGGGGUCGAGUCCAGGUUUCUACAAGAAUGUGGUCAAAAUCCAAAAGCAUGUCACCUUUAAUCAAGUAAAGGGCAUCUUUGGCUUCACUGACAGUGAUUGCAUUGGAAAGAUUAGUUUUCCUGCUAUCCAAGCUGCCCCAUCCUUCAGCAACUCAUUUCCACAGAUUUUCAAAGAUAGGACAGAUAUUCAGUGUCUUAUUCCAUGUGCCAUAGACCAGGAUCCUUAUUUUAGAAUGACAAGAGAUGUGGCCCCAAAGAUUGGCUAUCCCAAACCGGCCUUGCUUCAUUCAUCCUUCUUCCCAGCUCUGCAGGGAGCCCAAACUAAAAUGAGUGCCAGUGACCCCAAUUCUUCCAUCUUCCUUACUGACACAGCCAAGCAGAUCAAGAACAAGGUCAACAAACAUGCAUUUUCUGGAGGUAAAGACACCAUAGAGGAACACAGACAGCUCGGAGGCAACUGUGACAUUGAUGUGUCUUUCAUGUACCUCACCUUCUUUCUAGAGGAUGAUGACAAACUCGAGCAGAUAAGACAGGAUUACACAAGUGGAGCUAUGCUCACCGGAGAGCUAAAGAAGACGCUCAUUGAAGUGCUGCAGCCGUUGAUUGCCAAUCACCAGGCCCGGCGCAAAGAGAUCACCGAGGACAUCGUCAAACAGUUUAUGACUCCAAGGAAGCUAUUCUAUGACUUUCAGUAACACAGAUCAUAUAGACAUCUGGGUUUAUAUGUGCACAGUUCAUCAGUAAAUAUCUGCCUGAUUGACUUGCUGUCACCCAUAGUCAUCUAUCAACUGGUAAAUGUCAUAUUUAAUUGAGACUGAGAGUUGGAAGGGACCUCUUGCAAAUUCUGUCUGCAGCAUCCCUGACAAGUGGAGAUCUUGUCUUACCUUAUUGUCUGUAAGCCAUAUGUUACCUGUUUCUUCCUGUGAAUUAGCGUGUACCAGCUUAAUGUGGAAAAAGUCCAUACCAUGUAAUAGCAUGUAAGCAAAAUAAAGAAUUCUAGAAGUUCAUUUCUACUACAAAAUAAAUGAAAGAAUGUGGUUUGAA